AUGACGCAGCUGGCUUCGCAUUUCGAGACCUUCCACGGCGGCCCGCUGCACGCCAUUUCCUUCGACUUGUACGGCACCAAAGUCGCCACCGCCAGCAGCGACGAGUCCAUUCGUCUUUGGGAAGUUUCUGCGGACUCGCGAGGCGCUCAGUUUCUGCAGGAGCUGCACGGCCACAGCGGGCCUGUCUGGCAGCCCCCGCCCCCCCCAGGGCCAGCAGCAGCAACAGCCAUGGGGGGCCCCAUGGGGGGCCCCAUGGGGGGCCCCAUGGGGGCCCCCAUGGCAGCAGUGGCCUCGGGGGCCCCCCAGCCCUUUGGGAUGCCCCCAGCCCCUCCUCUGCCCCGCCCCGGGGCCUUUGGGGGGCCCCCCCCAGUGCAGCAGGGUACAGGGUUUGCGCCUCAAGGGGGGCCCCCCAUGAGGGGCCCCCUGCCUCCCCCCAUGUCCCAAGGGUACUAG